UCAUUUUUCCCCCUAAUGUUUUCAUUUUUUAUUUAUUUUUUAACAUAUAGUUGUAAUUGAUGAAGUAUCUACUACAUUAAUCUAUUAUUAUUAUUAUUAUUUUAUUUUUUUACUACGUUAGUUCCGUUUCUUCAUCUUCCAAAACACACUCCCACGCUUCUCUCAACCCUCUUUGCCCUAGAUCCAUGCCUUCAACCCCUUCCAUCUUUUCUUAACUUUCAAUACUACUCUUUUUGCUUCACCCAAAACCCUAUUCAGCUCAAUAUUCAUCUCACAAAUCCUUCAAAUUCCCACUCUUACUAGGUUCUCUGGAGGAUCUGGCUGUUGUAAAUUUGGAAUCUUUGGUAUCUUCUUCAUUAGUUAUUUCGCUUGGUUAAUUUGUUAUACUGUUCAAUUAACUCUCAUUUCAAGUUGUUAUGGUUUUUUUGCUUCAAGUGGGUAGAGUAAAGUAAUUAUUUUUUAGAUUUAUGCGGUUUGAUUUGUUGAAUUUGAGGGUUUUACUGUUGGUUAGGUUGUAAAUCUUAUUGGAUUUUUAGAGAUGGGUUUUGUCUUUUUGUUUGUUGAUUUGUGACCAAAUUUGAGAUUGGGUGAUGAAUACUUGGUUGCUAUUGUAGCUAAUAUUCUGUACUUUAUUUAUUUAUUUAUUUGUGAUGGGACAUUUAAGAAGAGUUUUUGUUGAUUUUGGUGAUUAUAAUACUUAUGAGUAUUGAAGAAGAGUAUUAUAGGAUAAGAUAUUGGAAAUGUUAUUGAGGGGUGAACUUUGAUAUUGGAGUUUGGUUGUGGGAAUUGGUGGUUUUACUUUGUUGGGCAUAAUGGGUUGCAUGUGUUGCAAGCCAUCUGCAAUUGAGGACAGUAAGGAGAGUCCAAGGGAGCGUUUAUCGAACAAGGCGGUGCUGGAAUCUCGUGUGUCUAGAGGAGCUUCGUCGAGGAGGGAGGAAUUAGCGUAUAGGGUGAAGGAUAGAUGUGAUAACAACAAUGAUGCGAGGACGGCGUUGAUUGAUAAGCAAGGGCAAGGGAAUGGCUCUGUUAGAGUGCAUGGUGAUAAUUUUGAGAGGAAGAGGGAGAAAAUGGAGUAUGUUGUUGCUCAACAUCCGGGGCUUGGUAGUGUUCCUAAGGCUAUGGAAGGGGAGCAUGUUGCCGCUGGUUGGCCGUCAUGGUUGGCAGCAGUUGCUGGAGAAGCAAUCAAGGGAUGGCUGCCACGACGUGCAGAUUCUUUUGAGAAAUUGGAUAAAAUUGGCCAGGGAACUUACAGUAAUGUUUAUAGAGCUCGUGAUCUUGAACAACGAAAGAUCGUUGCUUUGAAAAAAGUGAGGUUUGAUAAUCUUGAGCCUGAGAGUGUUCGUUUCAUGGCAAGGGAAAUUCACAUUCUACGUAGGCUUGAUCAUCCAAAUGUCAUAAAACUUGAAGGCUUGGUUACAUCAAGGAUGUCGUGCAGCUUAUACCUUGUUUUUGAGUACAUGGAGCAUGACUUGGCCGGGCUUGCAUCGCAUCCUGGACUGAAGUUUACUGAAGCACAGGUUAAAUGUUACAUGCAGCAACUUUUACGUGGACUUGAUCACUGCCACAGCCGUGGUGUACUGCAUCGUGACAUUAAGGGUUCCAAUCUUUUGAUUGACAACAAUGGAGUAUUGAAAAUUGCAGACUUUGGUUUGGCAAGCUUUUUUGAUCCCAAUCAAACUCAGCCACUGACAAGCCGAGUUGUCACUCUCUGGUAUAGGCCCCCCGAGCUUUUACUUGGAGCUACUUACUAUGGCACUGCUGUAGAUUUAUGGAGUACAGGUUGCAUACUUGCCGAGCUGUAUGCUGGCAAGCCUAUAAUGCCUGGUAGAACUGAGGUGGAGCAGUUGCAUAAAAUUUUUAAACUUUGUGGUUCGCCUUCCGAGGACUAUUGGAGAAAAUCAAAAUUGCCUCAUGCAACAAUAUUUAAGCCUCAACAACCCUAUAGGCGUUGUGUUGGUGAAACAUUCAAGGACUUUCCUGCACCUGCAAUAGAACUGAUAGAGACACUUUUGUCCAUAGACCCCGCUGAUCGUGGAACUUCAGCAUCUGCUUUGAUAAGUGAGUUCUUCUCAAUAAAGCCUCUACCAUGUGAUCCUUCAAGCUUGCCAAAGUAUCCUCCUAGCAAAGAAUUUGACGCCAAAGUACGGGACGAAGAAGCUAGAAGACAAGGGGCAGCAGGAAGCAAGGGUCAGAGACAUGACCCCGAGAGAAGAGGAGUCCGAGAAUCUCGAGCUAUUCCUGCACCUGAUGCCAAUGCUGAACUGGUCUUGUCAAUGCAGAAGAGACAAGGUCAGAACUUUUCUCAAAGCAGGAGCGAGAAGUUUAACCCUCAUCCUGAAGAAGCUGCUUCUGGUUUUCCCAUUGAACCCCCUAGACCAUCACAAGCUGCAGAAGUAAGCGUUGAUCCUCAGGCAAAUCAACAUAAAAGAGCCUCCCAUUCAGGUCCACUGACUCACCGUGCUGCAUGGGCAAAAGCUGGGAAGAACCACGAUGACGCUCCAAAGAUUUCAAUGGGUGGUGGUGACUUAUCUACAAUCUCGGGCUUAGUUGCCGCCAGGAGGAGUAUGCUGUCUGAUGAUCGAAGAGAAUGUUCUGGGUCGUCACAAGUCGAGGCUCCAAAACUAAUUACCAGGUUUCCAGGUUCCUUCAAGGAGGCCUCUGAAUCAUUGACGCAACAAAAUCAGAAGCAUCAUGUUCAUGCUUCUCAAAAGGAAGAAGGGAAAGGCAGCAACAAAGACCCUAAUCUUGUUGGUUAUGGAUCAAAGGGCUAUAAAAUUCAUUAUUCUGGUCCAUUGCUUGUUCCAUCAAGCAACAUGGAUCAAAUGUUGAAAGACCAUGACCGCCAAAUUCAGGAGGCGGUCAGAAGAGCACGUCUCGACAAGGCAAAAAUGCGAAGACUCCAAGCUGAGGGGAACCAGAUAAGCAAUUCAUUAUUUGUUUCUGGCCGCUGAUUUGUAGAGCCUGAUGCGGCAAAAAGCAUCCUCAUUAAGAUUAAGAAUACAUUUUUAUUUUUCUCUUUUGCCUUGUAAUUAUUCCUUAGAUCAAUGCUAUCCCCUGGCCAUGUUAGGUAUCUCUAUUAAUGUUCUUUCCACUUACAGAUGCAAUUUAUAUGGCCUCCUGUAAAGCUUUAACAACCUUGAGCUGCAGAAUAUUGGGGGACAAUGUGUCUUCCUUAUGUUUAACUUAUGAUAAAGCAAUUAAUUAUUAUUAUUAUUGGGAAGAUGGCUAA